AGCAUCCCUGGUGAUAUUUAAUAAGAAGAAGGUUAUUUGUUUGUGGAUUGUACAUCAUGUGCCUGUGUGUCUCCCAGAGGGCAGCGGCAGUGUGAAGUCAGGCGGCGGAGGCAACGCCAGAGAGAUACGCAUCCGUAAAACCAAGAAGAAAGGGAGGAGAGACGAGGACAGCGAUGAGGAGACCGGACCCUCACAGCAAAAUCGCAGUAAACAGACUGCAGCCCCCUUCAUGGCCCAGGAGGACAUCGUGGCAGUUUUAGAGGAGAGAGUAAGCGACUGCCCCGAAGAAAUCCUCUGCGAGCUGGCGGAGCAUUUAGUCAGGCCUCUGAACAAAGCGUACCAGGAGGUGCUGCGCUCGGUCUUCCUGUCCUCCAGCAGCGCUCCGUCCAGGGCCAACAAGAAGCAGAGCAUGAAGGACCUGCAGGAGGAGAUCAGCAGCCUCUACAACAACAUCCGCCUCUUUGAGAAGGGCACCAAGUUCUUCUCUGGUAAAUUCAACACUAAGUGGAAAUCUGAAAUGAUGGGAAUCUUUCUCAGUCCAGAACACCUAAGGCAGACACAUGCAGUGCUGCUGGAGUGAGUGGGACACAGUUAC